CCGAGGGAAGCUCGCGGAGAGCGCCGGGUCUGGCCGCUGCCGGCGGCGGGCGGGACGGCGCACCAUGUACACCAUCACCAAAGGGCCCAGCAAGCUGGUCGCCCAGCGCCGCACAGGUCCCACGCAGCAGCAGGUGGAGAGCAGGCUCGGCGAGCUCCUGAAAUGCCGACAACCCACGCCGGGCACCGGGCCGCCCGCCCGCGCGCAGCCCUUGUCGCCCACGCAGGGACCCUGGCCACUGGCAAGCCCAGGGCCGAGGCUUGUGUUCAACCGAGUAAACGGCCGACGGCCCCUCACCACCUCCCCAUCCCUCGAGGGGACCCAGGAGACCUACACAUUGGCCCACGAGGAGAACGUUCGCUUUGUGUCCGAAGCUUGGCAGCAGGUGGAGCAGCAGCUGGAUGGUGGCCUAGCCGGUGAUGGCGGGCCACGGCCUGUGCAGUACGUGGAGAGCACCCCUGAUCCCCGGCUGCAGAACUUCGUGCCCAUUGACUUGGAUGAGUGGUGGGCACAGCAAUUCCUGGCCAGAAUCACCAACUGUUCAUAGCAGCUGCCUGGGGAGGAAUGCUGUGACGGGCCCUUUGCCAGAAGAGGACCAUGGUGCCCCGUCCACCUUGUGGCCUGGUUGGGCACCAGCCAUACCUGAAGUGCCGGCAUUUGGACUUUUGUACCUAGUGCUGCCUUGGCUCAGCUGUCCCAAACUGCUAGAGCCAUGGGCCAAACCUGUCUGACCUCAGUCCUGCUCACUGUGCCCAGGGACCAGCCCCCUGGGGCUGGCAGGGAGGAGUCCAGGCUAAUAAAGUUGAAAAACUGCC